UGAAUUCCUGUGAUCUUGCGACGCAAAAAUUCUGAAAUGGCAGGGAAGAAGGGUAAAAAGCAGAAGAAAAAGAACAAACCGCUGUCCCAUAUAGGGACAGCUUUGUUCCCUCGGGCCAUUUUUGCAGCUGUUCCUCGCUCUCCCGAGCCUCCCCAGCCAGCCAGGAGCCCAACACCCAACCAGAGUAGACCAACAUCCGCUUUGUCUUCAGCCAUUAUGGAUGCCACUUUUGUAGGCAGAGCAAUAGCAAGCCCAUCACCAAACAGUACCUUGCGGGCAACAGGUGACUUCACACCUAGGGAAGGAGGAGCUCUGGAUGCUUCUGAACAACAGCAAAGGAAUCUUGAGAGUAGCAGUAUGGCAAGAAGCAGUAUGUAUGAUUAUGAUGACAGUGAAGAGGAGGAGGACGAUGAGGAGGAAGAUCUGGAUUAUAUGGGGAUCAGUCAGAGGGAACGAGAGAUGGAAUACCAUGAUGAUCCUGGUUAUGCUCGGGUGGAAGAUGUCCAAGAAAUGCUCUCUCAUGAGAAAAGAGGCACUAUAUCAAAUAGAGCUAGGAUGGAGACUCCGCCUAUUUCGGGGGAAGAGGAAUCGCCCAGGUUGACAGACCGCACUGGAACCGAUACAAACCGGUCUUAUCCGGUUCCCUCUCCUCGGGAUCCAUCCACAUUGCCGAGCACCAGUUAUGCUGCAGAUAUCCAUUCUCAAGGUUAUGAUGAAAGUCAGUCACAAGGUCUCUCAGAAGGUCGUGAUCAAAGACAGUCACCAGGAGGCCAUUUGCAGGAUGAUGAAUAUGGUGGAGGAAAUUCUGGCAAGAGGAAAAAGAAAAAAGCGAAAGAGAAGGAGAAGAAACAGAAGAAAGGAAAGGAUAAACCCAAUGAGACUGAAGGGUUAUAUGCCCAACCAAUCAAAAAGCAUGAGCCACUGGAGCGACAUGCAUCUAUAUUAUCCAAUGAGAGUGAUUUUACCGGAGUAUCCGCCGAAGACUUCUCAGAUCUCAUCUCGCCGACACCAUCGUGGAAAAGAAAACCACCGUCGCCAGAUCUGGGCAAUGCAGAGGUGGUCUCUAGUAGAAGCACUAAAACAUCUAAAGGACCCAAAUCGAAAAAUACUGUUAAUGAACCUAUGAUUGAGAAAGUGAGAGUUGAUAACAAUCAGUAUGCUGCAGCACCAUCUCCUCUAGCUCUUCAAGAUAAUGACAUAUAUAGUCAUCUGAACCGUGCUGAAUCGCUCAACCAGUCGGCCAGUGAUGAUUAUCUGAGACGGACCAACGAGCGUCUGGAAACGGAGCUGGAGCUGAUUCAGAAGGAGAGGAACGAUCUGAUGAACACGCUAGAUCAACGCACCAAACAAUUGGUUGAAGAGAGAGGGAGGAGAUCAGAUAUGAAUAAAUCCUUGGGGCUUGUUGCUGAUCUAGAGGCCCAAGUGGAGGAGUUAAGUAAUACUUGCCAGCGUCAGAGGGAUGAGAAGCGGGCACUUCAAGAAGCCAAUAAAAGACUCAAGGGCGAGAAUAUGAACCUACAGGACAUGGCCCAGUCUAAUCAGGAGGAUGAUGGAAUGUACUUGAAUCAACUCAAGAAACAAGCAGAGGCAGUGAUUCGGGAGAAUGAAGAUCUAAAAAAUGUUAUCCAUAAGCUCAACAUACAACUCAGUAGAUACCAAGCCAAAUACGCCCCUCCUCAGAAAGGGGAUCCCCCUGGCUUACCUUCCAGAGGAAGUACUCCAAGAUGGCUGACAGACACCAAGUACCUCUCUCCUCUCAUCACUGCCUAUGAGGCUCAACUCAUGGAGAAGGAGGAGGAGAUCCAGGCAAAUGUGGAGGAGGUGGAGGAGCUCAGAAGGAGUGCAGAGGAGGUGAUCAGGGAGAACCAGAGGCUCCUUCGGAAGUUGGAGGAGACCGGAGGAGGGGCAGGGCCAAAAGCAAGGCAUUCAGAGAGCUGGUUGAAUGAUAUUGAAGAACAAGCUAGACUGGUCCUGGAAGAGAAUCAAGUGGUCCUAGAACAAAUGGACCUUCAACAAAAGAAACUCCAUGAUCAACAGAGGAAACAUGCUCAGGAAACAAUAAGACUGACAAAACGCCUCGCCAUGGUAGAAUCAGAGAAGAAUAGCAUGGAGGGUGAGCUUUCGGAGCUACAGAUGAAAUAUGGCGCCCUCAAGGACCAGCAUGAGAGAUCGGUUCGAGAGGCAGAGAGUCAGAUGCCAGUUCAGGAGCAUCUUGAUACCAUUGCAGAAUACAAGAGGAGUAUGCAUGACAUGAAGCGGCAGGUGGAAGCCGAGACGGAGAACACUCUUUCCAGAUUGACAGCGGUCGAGACAGAAAAACAGAGUGUUGCAAUGAGAGUAGCUGAUUGCCAAGCAGAGAACAGCCAAUUGAAAGGAGAGAUACAGGCAAUGCAGAAAGCUCAAAAACGUUUACAACACAAGCUGACAAUGUUAGAGAAAGAGCUGUCUCAUUCACAAUCCAGAGAGCAGGCAGCCAAUCAGCAUCUAAAUAGAGUCCUGGAAAUAGCUGAACAAACGGCAGCUGAGAGAGAUUCAUUCAAAAAGAUGGCACAUACACAAGCUCAAGAGAAGGAGAGAGCGGUCAACAAGAUGAUAGCGGGUAACGUUGCUAUUGGGAGAAUGGAAGAGAAACUUAAGAUGUAUAAACUGAGAGCUGGUAAUAAAAUGGAUGACAUCAUGGGACGAAUGAAAGACCAAGAUGAGCUUCAUACGUCAAGAUUGAGCCAGUAUGAGAGAGAAAUGAAACAUCUUAGUCAGCUUGUCAGAGAAAAGCAAGAUGCGUUAGACGCAGUAGCUGCUGAUAAACAGAAAGUUGAGGAACAGUUGGAGGUUGUAUGGCAGAGUGCUACAGAAGACAAUAAGAGAUUAAAGGCACGACUUGCGAAGUCAAUGAGAUCAUCAUCCGCCGCAGACUCCAGUCACAUGCCCUUUGGAUCAGAUUCGGACAAUAGAGGGCUCCUGUCAUCAGAGAGUGACUGAACAGUUAAUACUUGAACAGUCGGUAUACUUCUCACAUAUUCUCAUACCACAUUAAGCCCAUUUGGUCUACUAUCAAUUUAGGCUAAUUACCGUUUGGUCUACACUACACUUGGUCUAUUACCCAAAUAGUCUAAUUCUCAGGUCGUCUGAUGCACAGAUGACUUAAUUUACUAAGUAUUUUUCACGUUUUCAUAACCAGAUCAUUUAACCAUUUAGAUUAGAUGGUGUUAGAUCAAGAGGAUAAAAGGUGAAAUGGGUAUAGCCAACCUGGAAAUCAGACAAAAAUUGUAAUUGGGCUAACUAGUAAUGAGCCCAAAUGGCCUGUGGAAUGAGGCCAUAAUGAAAGUAGACAAAGCACGUGUAGACAAAUCAGCAAUUUACUAUACUGAUUUAACAUAUUGGCCUGUAUUCAAAAGUUUCCAUUGUACCAUGGUACAAAACUGUGGACUACAGCAGAUUUUGUGUCAUGAUUACACUUAUUUUAUCGCGUACACUAAGAAAGGUACAUCUAAAUGCCUGCUUUUGGCAAAUUGCGCUAAAUCAAUGCUCGAAUGAAACACGAUAAUACAAGUAAUCUGCAUAGCCCAUGGCUACAGUACAUGGUGUAAUCUCAAGUAGCCUGAAUGUCUGUGAUGACAGUGGUUGUAAAAUAUGCAAAUCCCUGGCUCUUAGCCACUGAUACACAGUGCCUGGUGUAAGGAUUAUUUUGUUUGGAACCAUUGCCAUGACAACCAAAGAAUGUAUAGGCUCAUCAUUUUGAUUCUCUAUUGGCUUUCAAACUAGUAUCAAACUCAGGUUUACUUUAAAUGAAUAAGUAAAGAACCAAUUGCAGAUGUUCUUCCCUAGAGUACAAUAAAUUAAUUUUCCAUAUUGAAUUAUGAAAGAGUCAAGUUUCCUGGCCAUGCAGAAAAUGAAUGAAAUGCCAGGGGUGGUAUUGAAGUCAGUACUGUCUAUGAUGAAAAGUGGGGAUUGGCAUUGAAAAGGAGCUGUAAAGACCCGGCUCUGACUUUUAGGAAGGUACCUAAUUACAGUACUGAUAAUGUGAAAUGAAGUGACUUUAGGAAGUCACAAUUCAAACUUUGAUUCGUUACAAUGGUUUUGCAAAGUAAGCAGGAAUUUUGAAAUACAUUGGUAUUUGUGAAAAAUUCUUAUGUGUAAGAAUAAUCUUUUACUUUUCAAUUAUCAUUGCAAUAUCAAAAUCAGGGUGAUUUUGCUGAUUCAUUUCAAAAAAUAUAUAUGUAAGUACAUGUAUAUCUGAAUUUAUAUGCUUUUGUUUGCUUAGCUUGCCACAUUUUGAAUUUUCAUUUGUAUUCUAAAAGAGAAUGUCAAAUUAGUGAAAUUAGUGACUAUCUUAUUUUAAAAAUUACACUUCUAUCUAUGUAUUGUAUUCUGAAGUGUUAAUGUUGAAUAUGGUUUAGAGGAUUCUGAUUCCUCAUUCGCUCAACUUCUUUCAGUGCUAGUUCUAAAGUAUUUUGUACUUAAUUCUGAAAUCUUGUCAUGUUAAAGAAGAACGAUGACUGAAGGUAUAAAAAAAUAAAAUAAACACAUUAAGGUUGCAUGAUUGAAGGGAGAGAGAAAAAAAAAACUACCAGUCCUUUUAUUUAUAAGGUAGGAGACACAUACCAAAGAAAAUCAUAGUAGUGCGCACAAUCACCUUGAAUCAAUCUAUGUAUGCAUCUCGUUUUCUUGAAGAACUGCCUUAGUUUAAGUUGGAUCACCCUGUAUAUCUUGAGAAAAUUUCUUGGCUUUGUGUCUUCUUUUCAUCAUAAUAUACAUUAUCUUAUGUUAAAUUUACUUCUAUCUAUGUAUUGUAUUCUGGUGGGUGUUUCUUAAAGCUGUUCGUAAGUUACGAGCGACUUUAAGAACGACUGGUGAUCCCGAAGUGAUACACACCAUACUUACAUUGCUGUUGAUUUAGUUUCUAAGAAAGGCUCACCAGUCAUUCUUAAAGUCGCUCAUAACUUACAGCUUUAUGAAACAUUCACCUGAAGUGUUAAUGUUGAAUAUAGUGUAAUGUGCUAAUUAUCCAUUUGUUCAAAGACACAUUCCUUUUAACUUUGAAUACUACAUUACCUUAGAUUUUUUUGCAUCACCCUGUAAAUCAUGGAAAAAUAUAUUCUUGUCAUUAGAUUAUAUUACAUGAUGUUUGUAUGUGUAAUAAUCUGUUCAAUGACUCAUUUCUCCUAACCUUGAUCUAUCUUUGAAUACUGCAAUGCCUUAGAUUUUAUUGGAUCACCCUGUACAUCUUAGAAAUAUUUCUCAGCAUUUGCAAUUAAUGUCAUUGUAUGUUUCUCUGUAAUAUAUAAAUUAUCCGUUUGUUCAAUGACACAUUCCUUCUAACCUUGAUCUAUAUAUGAGCACCUUGAUUGAUUCACAUUUACUUUAAAGUGUACCUUGUUUUAUAUCAGUUUUUUAAACCUUUGAUGGAAAGCCAGAUCGAGGCAUAUAAUAAUUUUACUUAAGGCCUAAUUUCACAAAUGAUGUUUAACUUAAGCCCUCUCCUGGGAGGGAGUUUUUUUUAGACACAAUGUUUGAUCUGAUUGCAUUAUUGUGAAACUUGUAGGUGCAUUUAUUUGGGCUUAUGCUAAUAGUGUACUUGAAAAACUUGUUUGGAUUAGACUGGCUGGUUUUAGACCUGUUAGACCCCUCUUCUAUGAAUUUAGGCCAAAGGGUUUGGUUUCUUAUUGGUUAAAUGAAGAUUUACACCAUUGAAGGAUUGUGAAAAUUUUCUGCUCAAAUAUUCAAGUCAUUCAAAGGUCCCCCCUUCCAUUUGUUAUUAAGAUGAACAUUUCUUUUAUUACUCGACUGUAAAAUGAGUGCUGGUCUAAUUUCAUGACAACAUGGUAAAGGCCCCAAUUUUGCUGUUUGAAAAAUUAUGCUAGCCGUUUUUUUCUAUAUGGGCUGUUGGUGGGGUUUGUUAGUGCCAUUUUAUAUCAAGCAUUAUUCGUAUUAAAGUGAACACUUUUAUAAUUAUUAUUACUCAACAGUAAUCAAGUAUGCAGGUCUAAUUUUGUAAUUCCAAGAGAUUUCUUCUUUCUUCUACGCAAAACCAGUGGGCAUAUAUUCAUCAGUCAAUUUGGUAAACAACAAUUUGGUAUUUCUGAAAUUCUUCAUUUUGAAAUUGGUGUUCCGCUGUAUUUUUCCUUAAGACAGUUGCAUUUUAUGCACAUACACAUCAAGUGGGGACUUCUGAUGAUCCGAUAGUAAAUAUUAGUGUGCUAAUUUCUUUAUUUGGUUAUGGAAAAUUUUCGAUUAUUAUAAAUACUUAUAUAUGUAUGGUUAUUUUAAGGUCAUUUUCUACUCUGUUUAUUGUCAUAUCAGAAGCCUGGUGCUGAAAUAAAACUUGUACCUGAUGUACAUUUAUAGACAGA